CGUCAACCAGCGUUCAACAUCUUUCACCGACCUCUUCCUACGCACCCACAGGACGCGAUGUACUUUUCACGGUGGACAGCGGCAUCGCUAGUGUGCAUUGCUGUGCUAUUCAGCUCCUUGUCCAACGCGCUCAAAUUUGACCUCCAAGCGGCGCAUUCGCCUGGGACAAAGCGUUGUGUGAUUCAGUACAUUGGAGACAACAAACUAGUCGUAGGCAAUGUCGUGGUUGGUGAUGGAGAGCAUCAACGAGUAGAUAUUGAAGUAUUCGAUAAACCACACGAUAACAAGUACUGGAACAAAAGGGGAGCGUCUGGCGAGCAGAAGUUUGCCUUCACAACACACGACGACGCAGCUGUGUACUUCUGCUUCACCAAUACUCUGGAAUCAGGGCAACAUCCUGGGCCUGACACAAAGCUAUUCAUAAGCUUUCAUGUGGACACUGGUGCGGAGGCCAUGGAUCUAUCCGAAGAGAUCCGACAAAAGAAACUGCUUCCUGUCGAAGUGGAACUUCGAAGGCUGGAAGCGGUGGUGACGGAAAUCACUGGGCAAAUGGAGGUUUUGAAAGAGAGGGAAAUGCUGAUGCGCGAUGUCAAUGAAUCCACAAACUCGAGGGUAAAGUGGUUCAACAUUCUCGCUAUGGGUGUUGUCAUCUCUUCUGGCGUCUGGCAGGUCAUGUACCUGAGGAGGUUCUUCCAAGCAAAGAAACUCAUUUGAUAUCGAAAUGAGGAUGACGGUGUAUUUUGAGGGAUAUAAACUUACUAAGAGCAAUGCGCCGUGCACACAUACGCCUGCCGCAAACCCUCAUAUUGUUUUGAGUGUGAAGACUGUUCUAAAGAUCUAACACCUUUAUUGACGAUUGAUAAUACUUGGACACGCUAGUGAUGAUGCUUCUGCUGAAAUCGAAGACCACAGUAGCCUAGCAUAUCCCGGAAAACUAUGAGCGGAAUGCAAAU